AUAAAGUUUCAAUCUUUUGUAUUGGUAAACAAUUAAAAUAAGGUUUUAAUUGGAUUUGGGGAAAUGGGUUGUUUUCCUUGUUUCGAUUCGAAGGAGGAGGAGAAGCUGAACAAUCCAGCGGCAGAAAUUGAUGACAGAAAGCAGGUUCAACCAACGGUCUCUAAUAACAUUUCAAGAUUGCCUUCUGGAGUAGACAGACUGAGAUCAAGAAGCAAUGGAGGGUCCAGGGGGGAGCUGCCCAAAUUGCCUGAGCCCAAAGAUGUUGUACCGGGGGGGCAAAUUGCUGCUCAAACUUUCACUUUCCGUGAACUCGCGACUGCAACAAAGAACUUCAGGCCAGAGUCUUUCAUAGGGGAAGGGGGAUUUGGGCGUGUAUACAAGGGGCGACUCGAAAGCACUGGUCAGGUGGUUGCUGUUAAACAAUUGGAUAGGAAUGGACUUCAGGGCAACAGAGAAUUUCUUGUUGAGGUUCUCAUGCUCAGUCUUCUGCAUCACCCUAAUCUAGUGAAUCUUAUUGGGUACUGUGCUGAUGGAGACCAGCGGCUUCUUGUUUAUGAAUUUAUGCCCUUAGGAUCAUUGGAAGAUCACCUUCACGAUCUUCCACCUGAUAAGGAACCAUUGGAUUGGAACACACGAAUGAAAAUAGCUUCCGGUGCAGCCAAAGGAUUGGAAUACCUGCACGACAAGGCAAACCCUCCGGUUAUUUACAGGGACUUCAAAUCAUCCAACAUAUUGCUGGAAGAAGAAUUUCACCCUAAGCUUUCAGAUUUUGGGCUUGCAAAGCUUGGUCCCACCGGAGACAAGUCCCAUGUGUCCACAAGAGUUAUGGGCACUUACGGUUAUUGUGCUCCUGAAUAUGCAAUGACUGGUCAAUUGACGGUAAAGUCAGACGUAUACAGUUUUGGGGUAGUGUUUCUGGAGCUGAUUACUGGACGUAAGGCCAUAGAUAGCAACCGGCCCCAUGGAGAACAGAACCUUAUAACUUGGGCACGUCCAUUGUUCAAUGAUCGAAGGAAGGUCGCGAAAUUGGCAGACCCAAGACUGCAGGGUCGGUAUCCAAUGCGGGGUCUCUACCAAGCUCUAGCCGUGGCAUCCAUGUGCAUCCACGAACAGGCUGCCACACGACCUCUCAUUGGGGAUGUGGUUACUGCUCUGUCGUACCUAGCCAACCACUCUUAUGACCCUAACUCAGCUUCAGGUAAUGGCCACAGAGGUUCGGGAGAAAAAAAUGAGAAAAGGCACAGGGAUGGUGGAAGGAUAUUGAAGAAUGAGGAAGGGGGAGGAUCCGGACGGAGCUGGGGGUUAGAUGGUUCCGAGAAGGACGAUUCCCCAAAGGAAACUGCAAGGAUGUUGGAUAGGGAACGAGCGGUUGCUGAGGCCAAGAUGUGGGGAGAGAAUUGGCGAGAGAAAAGACGACAGAGUGCACAAGGCAGUUUUGAUGGCACCAACUAGUGCUGUAGUGCACAAUGCACCGUCUUCUUCAACCUCAGCUCCUACCCUCGUUUUUUCGCAGACUGGUUUGUUUGGGGUGUCCAAUGUAACGGAGAGUUGGUGCAGACGAACGUGUGUCGUGAUUUAACCUUUUUUCUUUUCCUCUUCUCCGAACACUGAAGAAGAAGAAUCCAUAAAUGGAAAUUGUACAUUAUCUUCUAGAAGAUUGAAGGAGAACAGAAGAAAGUGGAUGUAUUGAAAAUUUUUGAGAGUAAAAACGUCUGGUUAAAUGCUA